AUGUAUUCUAGUGUUGCUCCCAUACUCUUUUGCUUGGGAUACCUUAGUAGGACAGGUCAAUCGCAACCUGUCAAUCAGACUACUUCGGACUCCCAAUACUCUAUUGAUUGGAAUCCUACCUAUGAAUAUUCCACUUUUUCAUAUUAUCCAAACCCCUCUAAGACUUAUGCUACACCAAACCCAAAAGCUAACUCCACAACUUACUAUGCUCCACACUACACGGAUGUUGCAGGAAGCCUUCUUGGAAAUAUCUCAACAACUACGUGGGGAAACUGGGAUCAUAGCACUAAAGUCAAUGCUACCGAUUCUGAUGAUCCAUACGGAAAUUAUGCCUGGACCAAGAUGUGGGAGGAUGCUUCCAUAAAGAACUAUACAAACUCCGCUUUAUAUAGUACUACUGUUACCCCCACUGCAAUUCCAUCAAGCGACUUAAUUUUACCUCCGGAAGAUUCCUACAGCUUUGAUGAUACAUUGAAGUUUCCUAGUGGAUUCAUAUUUGGAGUGGCAGGAUCUGCAGCACAAAUCGAAGGUGCAAUUGCUGAUGAGGGACGUACUCCAACUAUACUUGAAACUGGCACUAUGAAUGAUAACAAGUCUAACGAUUAUGUCACCAAUGAAAAUUACUACUUAUAUAAGCAAGACAUUGUUAGAAUUGCUGCUAUGGGAGUUAAAUACUAUUCAUUUACCAUUCCAUGGACUAGAAUAAUGCCAUUUGUCUUGCCAAAUACUCCAGUUAAUAAACUAGGGAUUGACCAUUAUGAUGACUUGAUCAAUACUUGUUUAGAAUAUGGAAUAACACCAAUUGCUACAUUGACACACUUUGACUCUCCAUUGAUGUUUAAUCAAGGCAACUUCACUGCAAAUUCUACCCUUUUUAACAAUGCUGGGUACGACAAUGAUACAUUUGUCGAUGCCUUUGUUAACUAUGGAAAAAUUGUUUUAUCUCAUUAUGCUGACAGGGUUCCAAUUUGGAUUGGAUUUAAUGAGCCAUUCCUUUAUGCUGGUAAUGCAGUUGGUGUCAAGCACGUUAUCCAAGCUACUGCACAGCUUCAUAAAUUCUACCACGAGGAAUUGAAGGCGACAGGAAAGUUUGGUAUCAAAUUUAACGAUAACUUUGGAGUACCUAAAGACCCAACUAAUGAAGAUGAUGUAGCUGCUGCAAAUAGGUUCCAAGAACUUUAUUUAGGAUCAUUUGCAAAUGCCCUAUUCUUAGGAAAAGACUACCCAGAUUCAUGGAAAGAUACCUUCAGUGACACUCUAUCUGAAUUCAGUUUCACAGAAGACGAAUUAAAGGAUAUUAAAGGAGGAGCUGAUUUUUUUGGUAUUGAUCCAUAUACUUACACCGUUGUCUCAGCUCCAGAAGGAGGAAUUGAAGCAUGUGCAGCUAAUUCUAGUGACACUCUUUGGCCAUAUUGUGUUGUACAAGAAGAAACUGCAGAAUCCGGUUGGGCAAUAGGAUACAGAUCUCAGAGUUAUGUUUACAUUACUCCUACUCAAUUGAGAGAGUUUUUGAAUUACAUUUGGGAUACUUUCGAAGCUCCUGUUUUUGUUACAGAAUUUGGCUUCCCUGAAUGGAGAGAAGCUGAAAAAGAAUUGAAAGAUCAAGUCUUUGAUGAAAAUAGGUCUAUUUAUUAUAGAUCAUUUAUGCAAGCAAUUUUGCAAGCAAUCAAUCUUGAUAAAGUCCAAGUUAUUGGUGCUUUGGCUUGGUCAUUUGCGGAUAAUUGGGAAUUUGGCGAUUAUACUCAACAGUUUGGGUUACAAGUUGUUAAUAGGACUACCCAAGAGAGGCACUAUAAGAAAAGUUUCUUCGAUUUAGUUAAAUUUAUUGAAGAUAGAAGAUAG